AUGCCAGAGCUUAGGGCCCAGAGUGCUGAUGAUGCCUACGAUGGGGUGAAGGAAAUCGAGCCCGUGUACAAGAUGGUACAACUGGGCUCUCUGCUGGUCGUCUGUCUGAUGAACACUCUCUCCACUUCCCCUGCAUUUAGCGAAGAUGAGGACGAGCUCUCCAUAUCCCCAGGAGACAGGCUGUCCAGCUGCCCAUUUGGAUGCAUCUGCACCUCAGAGGCGACAGUGGACUGCAGUGGCGUGGACCUCAGCUCAUUCCCAAGUAACGUGUCAGGGGACACCCAGCACCUGGCCCUGCAGAACAACCGGCUGGAAGAUAUUCCAAGUGAGGAUUUGUCCAGGCUCACCAAACUGAAGACACUCAGCCUGCACAAUAACAGGCUCCUAUCCAGAGGGCUACCGGAUAAGGCCUUCAAGUUUCUACAGGAGCUGGAGUACCUGUACUUGGCAAACAAUAAGCUGACUGUAACACCCAGGAGCCUACCUGACACCCUGCGAAUUGCUGACUUUGCUGGCAACCAUCUCAAGGAGAUCUUCGCACUCACCUUCGGGCAAAAGCCAAAACUCAGGUCUGUGUAUCUUCACAACAAUAAUCUGACAAAUGCAGGCCUCCCCAAAGCCAUGUUUAGCGGCUCUGAUAUGGUCAAUAUUUUAAUUCUAUCCAACAAUAAUCUAACCCACGUUCCAGAGAAUCUACCACCUCUGCUUAUCCAGCUGCAUUUACAGAACAACAGAAUCUCAAAGAUUCCCAAAGGCGCCUUUAAUAACUUGGAGCAACUUCGAGAACUCUACCUGCAGUGCAAUAGUCUGUCCAAUGCGGGUAUGAAUUCACAGACCUUCAGUAAAAUGAAAGGAAUGCAAUACCUGGAUUUAUCCAGCAAUAACCUGAGGAAGGUGCCUGAAGGAUUGCCUCCAAAUAUUGUGGUUUUGCAGUUGGGAAAAAACCACAUCACCUCGAUAUCCAAGCACAGCAUCAACAGGAUCCGGAAUCUGGAAUACUUGCUGCUUCAAAAUAACAGGAUCACGGCGAGCAGAAUCCACAAGGAUGCUUUUGGGAAGCUGCGGAAGCUGCAUACGCUUCACAUCUUUAACAAUCCACUGAGCAAGGUCCCGGCCAGCCUCCCUCGUCGUAUCAGCUCACUCAUGCUGCUCCACAAUGGCAUCGAGCAGAUUGGCAUCAAUGAUUUUGUCUCCACCUACUACCUGACUGAGCUCAACUUAAGUUACAACAAGUUACACAGUGUGAGCAUUCAUCGGUUGGCCUUCCGAAAACUUCGCCAAUUGGAGAGGCUCGAUCUCUCGGGAAACAACCUGACCCAGCUUCCCACUGGGCUCCCGCCCAGCCUGCAGGCUCUGAGGAUACAGUACAAUCAAAUUAACCAACUCUCUGCGGAGCCAUUGCUCAACAUGAAGGCUUUGAAGGAGCUGUAUUUGCAUCACAAUAAGUUAACCAUUGGCAAGAUAGCACCAGGAACAUGGAGGGAAGUGCCCAAUCUUAAGUUGUUGGACCUGGGGUAUAACGAUUUGUCCUACGUGCCUCCAGAUCUCCCCGAGUCCCUGGAGUAUAUUUACCUGCAGAAUAACCGCAUUGCAACCAUCACCUCAGACUCCUUCAUCUCUGUACCAAACAUUAAAGUGAUAAUCCUGAGGUCAAACAGGCUGACCUCAGUGGGAGUAAGGAUGGGGUCCUUCAGGGGCCUGAAAUAUGUGCAGGUUUUGGAUCUGACUGGUAAUCCGGAGUACAUCAGUAUCUUUCUGAACAGCACAACCCGGAGCCCACCACGGGCAGGCAACAACAGCACAGCAAGAGCCCAAAGAGCAACCAACCAGCAGAGCCGGGAGAUAUAG